CACCCGUUUUCCGACCAGAGCGACGUCCUCCUCUACUUCCUCGCCCUCUUCCUCCCGCCUUUGGCCGUCUUUCUCAAAACGGGAUGCGACUCCAACUUCCUGAUCAAUAUCCUGUUGAGCAUCCUGGGGUGGAUUCCUGGCGUUAUUCGUGAGUGC